AUGGCUGACUCUGCUGUUCCUUGCUCUCUGUGCCCGAGUGCCCUGGCUUCCAGCUCCUGCCGAAGCGCUGCAGGCACUAAACAGACAAGUACCCUGAACCGAGGAGAUGCUUCUAGAAGGCAAGCGGAACUAAAAGCUGCUGUGCAGAGGAAGGUGGAGUUUGAAAGGAACGCUGUGCGCGCCGUUGAGCAGCUCCUAGAAGACAGCAUCACAGAAGACUUCCUGAAGGAGUGUGGGGCGCUCAUCACGCCUGCUCACUACAGUGAUGUUGUAGAGGAGCGGGCCAUCCUCAGACUCUGUGGCUAUCCUGUAUGUCCGAAGAAGCUAGGGGUUAUACCGAAACAGAAAUACAAAAUUUCCACCAAAACCAAUAAAGUCUAUGAUAUUACUGAAAGAAAGUCUUUCUGCAGCAAUUUUUGUUACAAAGCAUCUAAAUAUUUUGAAACACAGAUUCCCAAAACUCCAGUGUGGCUUCGAGAGGAAGAGAGGCCUCCUGAUUUUCAGCUGCUGAAGAAAGGACAAAGUGGCUGUUCUGGGGAAGUCAUUCAGUUCUUCACUGAAGCCGUUUCAGCCGCAGAUAUCGAACCUACGUCGUCCAACUCUUGGAGUGACCGCACCAGUGAUGACGAGCAAGGCUUUGUUUCUUCCCUUCUACCAGGAAACAGACCAGAGGCAGCAGAUACGAGACCACAGCCACACACAGAUGGCGGCACAGUGAGAAAGAAGGCUGCUCCGAGAGGGACCCCCAAGCACGGGGAGCAGCCGCUGGCAGAGGUCACUCAGCGGCUGGGUAAUUGCAGGUUAGAUAGUCAGGAGAAAGUGUCUGCUGAUAAACUUCCUGCGAAGAAAGAAAAUACUCAGAUAUCUUCCCCUGGCCCAUUGUGUGAAAGAUCAAACACUCCAGUAGUUUCUGAAAGUCAACACAGCGCGUUGGAAGUUACUCUCGUAGGCAUAAGCAAGAAGAGUGCCCAGCACUUCAGGAGCAAAUUUGCCAGAUCCAGCCAAGGUUCCAGGUCAGCGUCUGGUUCGGUGCGGGUGUGCCCUGAAGUCGCAAAGGCAAACUUACUUCGAGUUCUAAAGGACACUUUGACUGAAUGGAAGACAGAAGAAACACUCAGGUUUUUGUAUGGCCAGGAUCAUGCCUCUGUGUGCCCGAAACCCUCUUCAGCCUUGGAGUCUGGCGAAGAACUUGAUGAAGAUGACCUUAGUUGUGACCCAGGUGGCCGUGGCACUGCCCUGAGCCGACCUCAGAACAACCUGGGGGAGACACUGCCCUUCAGCGGCUCAGACACAGCCAUUAAGCCGUUGCCAAGUUAUGAGAGCUUGAAAAAAGAAACCGAACUGCUGAAUCUGAGGGUCAGGGAGUUCUACAGAGGGCGCAGCUUUUUAAAUGAAGAAACUACCAAGUCGCAGGACCCAGGAGAGGGUGGUUUUCCACCUGAUCCCAGUUUCCCACUGAUUGAUUCAAGUUCCCAGAACCAGAUUAGAAAACGGAUUGUUCUUGAAAAGUUGAGCAAAGUGUUGCCUGGACUUUUGGGUCCCCUUCAGAUUACAGUAGGAGAUAUUUACACUGAGCUUAAAAGCCUCGUUCAGACUUUCAGAUUAUCAAAUAGGAACAUUAUACACAAGCCCGUGGAAUGGACGUUAAUCGCGGUGGUGCUGCUGUCAUUAUUGACGCCGAGUCUUGGCAUUCAGAAAGAUUCUCCAAAAAAUGUGGUAUUUACACAGUUUACAGCUGCCCUGCUGACAGAAUUGCAUUUAAAAUGCGAAGAUCUUGAAAAUUUAACCAUUAUAUUUAGAACCAGCUGCUAACAGAAAUGGUAAGUUGGGUUGUUUCUUACUAUUUUGUUACCUACGUGAGUUUUUGAUUCAUGCUCAGCAUGUGGUCUCCC